UGGGUUAACACUAAUCGGUUCACAUUUUGUUGACAUUGCUCAGCUCUGUUAGUUCAAUCUAAUUUGUGGGUUGAGCACGAAGAUUCAACUUGAAUAAAUGAAAGUGAAGUUCAUUUUUGGUUUUGAUUUUGAUUGACAUUAUGCAAGUCGCUUUUCUGGUUUUCCUCUUGUCUCACGGACUCGUUUCUGGCCAAGUAUCUGACUACGAUAGUCAGGCUGAAGUUGAAAAUGAAAUGGAAGAUUCUCCGCAAUGCAGCGGAAAGUUGCAGAACCCCAUUGAAGUCGAUGAGCUAAGAUCAGAACCCAAAGAGUUUCCAGAGCUGCACUAUUUCAACAUUGAUAUAACUCCCGAACGUGUUCACAUAUCGAACAAUGGUCACUCUGUGGUGGUCAGAAUGAACUUUGAGAUGGGCAGAGAACCACGCAUGAGAGGCGGUCCAUUGGAACGCAAUUCAUCCUAUCAAUUCGAACAGAUGCAAUUUCAAUGGGGAGCCAAUGGAACAGUUGGCAGUGGGUUUCCUGUUGAAUUGCAUUUGAUUUUUAGGAGUAUCGACUUCAAGGAUUAUAAAACUGCUUUAGGCUAUGAUAAUGGCAUUGCAGUAAUGGGUUUCUAUUUUAGGGUUUCUGAAAUGGAUCAUACUUAUCUUGAAGAAUUUAUGCAGAAAUUGUCGACGAUUAGUCGCAAAGGAAUGUCAGCCGACUUGGAGAAACCUGUGUCCUUAAGAAAAAUUCUUCCAUGGAAUCUGCUCAAUUAUUAUAGCUACACAGGCUCUUUGACAAUGUCGCCGUGUGCUGAGAAAGUCAUCUGGAUAGAUUAUUGGGAUCCCAUAUCUAUAUCACAGAGACAACUGAAUCAAUUUCGUGAGCUAACUGUACAUGAUGAUCAUUUGAAGAAUAAUAAUCCUACAACUUGGCGAAUCAACGAUCGCAUCAUCUACGCGAAUUCACCCCCAAUGCCAGAAUUCAUGAAAGGCCCCCAGACUAAUCCCGUUACAAGUGCCCCAAGCAGCAGCUCAUGCAAUGUGUCUAAGGGACUGAUUUUUCUUUUAGUGAGCUUUGCUCACUUGCUGAAAAUAUAA